AUGCUAUCCCCAUGCUUGCAGCAUACUCAGAUGGAAAUUUCAUACCUAGGCAGCGGUUCUAGCUCAGCACAUGUGCGUGUGCGGCGUGCGCUUGCAGCCGGAUUGACUCGGCAUCGAGUCCAAGCUCAAAUCGGGUCCGGAUCCAUCAGACCAACAAAAAGCCUGGAGCUACAUGCUAGUAGUGGACAGCCACAGAGCAGCGUUGACCACCAUCUAUCCCAGAUACCAGCCGACCCAGUGGACGCCUCGCGACUGGCAGCCCAGGCUGCAAGCCCCGCUGCCGUUCCGGACAAAACCGACUCGCCAACAACAUCAUCAUCCACGAGGCUAGCAGUUUCUGCAUCAUCACCAUCACCUGCAUCAGAAGAUGACCAUUUCGCUGACGUCUGGAAGCCACCGCAAGGGGAGCAGCCACUGUGGUGGGUCGAAAAGUUCGAGGAACGGCGCAAGGCGGAGGCGCAGCGCAAGGCCAAGGACCCGACGUUCAUCACCACCCUGGAGCGAGUGGCUCCGGCGGACGGGUCGGCAGCUGCCGUCGACAAUCCCGCUGUACGCUUCCUGAAAGGAGUCCUACAGGCCGUGCAGCUAGUGCUGGUGUUGACGCUGCUGUUGCUGCUGCCGGCGGCGCUGCACGACGGCGGAUUGUCGCUGGCAAAGCCCUUCACGACCUUUGGCGCUUACCUGUGCUUUUUCGGCUUUGGCACACUCGCACGUGUCGUACGGUACGGCAAUCUGGCGCCACGUAAGCAGGACCAGCAGGUCGCCACGUGGACAGGGCGGCUGGCGUUUGCUGCUUUUGUGGUUGUGGUGCCGUUGCUGCAUUUGUUUGCCAUGUAUCGCUUUGUGGGCCUUGCGUUAUACACCAAUGCGAUGUCGUACAAUUUGACCUUGUACGACAUAAUUGGCGGCGUCGGUAUGGCGCUGGCCACAGUGCUGAAUACCCUUGCAGCGCGCCACAACUACACGAGACUCAACCUGGUUACGGGCUGCGGUAUGAUUUGGUGAGUGAGGGCUGCAGCUGCAGCCAUGUUAUGGGGUUGGGAUUAUAAGCAUCCUCGCGUAUUAAGGUUUGGCUGAUCGUCUAAUCAACUUAUACAGAGAUUAGUAUCCUGUUGCUCUACCAUGCGUAAGCAAGCGCGUUACGGCGUAGCCUCUCAAGUUGUAGUUGUCAUGUCGAGAGACACACGGCUCAACCUUGAUAUUGAUUGUUUUAGACGGCUCGGAACAGCGUGAAGUAUUGUAAUUAUCUUUAUUG